CACUUUUAUCAAGGCCCCAUUCUAAUAAAAACCUAAAACGGCACGCAGUGCGUGCAUAUAUAUAUAAGGAUCAAUUACAGGGUUAAUUUUUCCGCCUGUCGCCGGAACGAAGAAAAGAAGAGAUCGCACUAGAGGCUUGAAACUCUUUGCUUGCAGCAUGACUUUCAAGCGUAGAAACGGUGGCAGGAACAAGCACAACCGUGGUCAUGUGAACCCCAUUAGGUGUUCCAACUGCGGGAAAUGCUGCCCCAAGGAUAAGGCAAUUAAGAGAUUCCUUGUCAGGAACAUUGUUGAACAAGCUGCUAUCAGAGAUGUUCAAGAAGCCAGUGUUUACGAUGGUUACACUCUCCCAAAGUUGUACGCCAAGAUGCAAUAUUGUGUUUCAUGCGCUAUCCACUCACACGUUGUGAGAGUCCGAUCCCGCACCAACCGUAGGGUUCGUACCCCACCUCCUCGUUUUGCUAGACGCAAGGAGGAUACUCCCAAGCCGGGACAACCUGGUCAGCCCCCUCGCCCUGCUGGUGGUGCCCCUGCUGCUCCUCGUGCUUAAAAGACUGCAAGAAGCUGGCAACUCAAACACCUUUAUAUUAUAGUUUCAGUCUCUUCUUUGUCCGAAAAUUUUGAACAUGUUUUCUUCAUUUGGUUAAAGAUGUUUUUUUGUCAUGUGGAGCUUUGAAUGCUUUGAUAUUAUUUCAGUUCAUUUUGAC